AUGAAGUUCAGCCUGAAUCCAAUCACGCUCUCCCAUCAGCUUCGUCAGUUGGGCGAUCCCCGAACACGUGACUACCCGGUGGUGACGAACCCCCUCUUUGUGCUCACGCUGCUGCUGUCCUACCUGUAUUUUGUCAAGGUGGCCGGCCCUCGCUGGAUGAAGAACCGGGAGCCCUUCCGCAUCCUCAACAUCGUGCGCCUCUACAACUUACUCAUGAUAGCCGUGGGCAUCCGCUUCCUCUACCUGGUGCUAAAGUUCACCUACCUUCCGGGAGGCCACUACAACCUCUGGUGCCAGGGCAUCACGGGUCACAUGACCGACGAGAUGCGCGAAUACUACCGCACGGGCUGGAUCUACAUCGCGGUGCGCUACUGCGACCUCCUGGACACCGUGUUCUUCGUGCUACGCAAGAAGUUCGCCCACGUCUCGCUCCUGCACGUGCUGCACCACACGAUCGUGGUCGCCAACGCGUGGUUCUUCGCGCUGUUCGCGCCCGAAGGUCAACCGACCAUGAGCAUGUGCCUGAACGUGUUCGUCCACGUUAUCAUGUACUCGUACUACUUUCUGACGACCUUCGGUCCCUCCGUACGCAAGUACCUGUGGUGGAAGAAGUACCUGACCACACUGCAGAUUGUGCAGUUCGUCCUAAUCAUGAUCCACUUGUCCAUACCGCUCUUCGUCGACUGCGGCUUCCCGAAGCACUUGAUCAUGUUGGGCAACGUGCAGACGUUCCUCAUUCUCUGCCUCUUCGUAAACUUCUACGCGAAGACGUACGUCGCCAAGCCCGCUCAAGUGGUUUUGCAAGGCAGCGAAAGCGAGGAAAGACGAGACGUCGACUUCGUUCCAAACGGGAAAAAUAAAUGCUCGUAGGUUGGC